UUUUGCAACGGGGCCAUUUUGGGCUGUGGCGCCGUCGCAACACACGCAAACAGAAUGACGGCUACAAGAAGUGUGCCUUUACCGGAAUUACCGCGGCGGACAGAAACCCGUGGGGACUGGUGAGUAGUUAACUAUUGCCCUUGUGCUUAUGAUACCGAUAGCAGGUUUUGCUUUCGGAGAACGAUCUGUCACUAAGCUCAAAGUGCACACACCUCGUUCGUAGAAAAUGGGGACGAGCUGACCAGUGGCAAUCCGCACCGAUGUAUGCGGUUAGGUUUCUACGCUUGAUUACAACAAGAUCUUCUCUUUCAUCUAUCAAUGCAAAUCCUGUUUACUCACCGUCCAGAGCUUCGUGUGAUGUAACAUUUGGUCAUUUAAUAGAAUUGCUGACGAAAAGCCCAAGACCUCAAGCUUACGGUUCAAUGUCAAAGUUCAGAAAUCCAUUCCAUGUGCAAAAGUGCCAUGAGCAGCUCCCAAAAUUGAAGGAUCAGGGUCAGGAGGUAAUUUCACUUGGUUCAAUGCUGUUGGUUUAUCAGCACUGCUCGGAUCAAUUAGCAUGUGGCCCCGGACUGCAUAUGCGAUGGAUGACUUUGGUGCUUUUUUGGAUGAUGGUCACAGCUUGGGCUUAAUGGAAAAUCCCAAAACUAAGAAAGACCACGGGACUUUCUUUGUCUUACUAAAGAAACUAAUUGUUCCUAUUUUCCUAGUGGCAACUAUUUUUCUAAAUUUGGGUCAUCCUCUCAUCCUUGCUGCAAAAGUAACUCUUAUUCUUUACAUGACGAAGCCCAGCCCUCUCUCGAUUUAUCUCUUUGUUGAAGAGAUACGAAAUCAAGUCAUCUGUAAACAUCCAUUCAUUUUUCAAUUCAAGUCAUUGUAUGCAAAUAAAGUUGAGGUUGAAGAUUAUGAGAUCUUCUGUUUGGCUACAGUGGAACUAAAAGAACAGAAGUUCACUGUAGUUGGAUUUCUUGGAAGCUGGUGGGUUUUGCCUGUAUCCUCCUCGCGGGAAGAUGGAUUAUUUUCUAUGCUCAAGGACAGAUUUAAGAAAAUUUUAAGUUGAGGUUUUGUUGUAUACAAAAUGCAGUGUAGACCAUAGAGAGGUUAUGGGCGUGUUGUUAUCCAAUAUAUGCCAAAAGUGCAAGCUGAGGGAGGAACAGCUGCCUAGCAUAGUAGCAUGGAACUUAUUGAGGCUCUAUUUACUUUCAAUUUCUUUCUAUAGUAUCAAGACUAUGUUGUCUGCCUUUCAUAAAUUUUGCUUCAAUUAGUCAAUAAAUAUUCCUAUGUAGCCUGCAUUGCUGCAACUCUAUAGCAUUAUAAUUAGAAAAUUGCUAUUGGUACCUCAAAAAUUACCCCAUCUUUACCCCAUAUAAAUACCUCCCCCACUUUUCUCCUCCCCUUCCUCCUCCCUCCCCCACUUUUCUUUCGCCCUCCCCCUCUCCCCUGGUUCUUAGUUCCACACAACCCAUCUCCUCCCUUUUCUCUUUUACUUUUCUCCAUUUCAAGAUCUCUCCAUUUCUUAAAUGUUUCUCAUUUUUACCAUCUUUUCCCCUUUCAACCUUCUUCUCCUACUUCUCUCGUCUUUCGCCUUUUUUCCAUUUCAAAUGGCGGAGCUACAGUAAUCGGACAAAUGGGGAGAGCUAGGUGAACAAGAAGGAACAACGAAGGUGUAGACCAAGAAGUUUAGAGCAGAUCUUAUUUUCUUGAUUUUUUAUUCUUGAUUUUGUUUUCUUGUUUUUUUGGGUGUGUUUUCAAAAUAAAAAGGGAUGUCUGUCUGACAGACAACUUGUAAGUGCAGUGUCUCUGUGUCUGUAUUUGUUAGUAAGACUCGUGAAGUUUUCUGUCAUUUGAAAACUAAAUGUCUGUAAUUGAUAUGUAAUAGUCUGUCAUUUGCUUGUAAGUUGUCUAUAUUUUUUGAGUUGUCUAUCAUGUUGUUGUGAGGAGUCUGUAAGAGUCGUGAAGUUGUCUGUCUGUCUGUAAUUGAUGGUUAAUUGUUUGUCAGUUGUUUUGAGUUGUCUGUAUUUGUUUUUGAGUUGUCUAUAUUUGUUUUGAUUUGUCUGUAUUUGAUUGU